AUGACAAAAAAUUCGGACGGAUCGGCAUUGACGGCAGGCAAAACGCUUGCGCGCGUAUUCGUUAAAGACGGCGUCACGGACGUAUAUCCCGCGGGUUCCAUCGACAUCGACGCGUUUAACAAACGCAUGCGCGCGGCAGUCGCGGCCGCCAACGUAUCUGAUGCCCCCGGUGGGGCCCCGCGUGACGACGCGGUCGAUUUCGAGGCGCGUAAGCGCGCUAUUGCAGUUAUGAAGGGAGUUCGUGCACCCGCCGCCGUCAUGCGUGCGGUCUAUGAAGGCUCCACUCCUUUUGUUACGCCCUUAGCCAUCGCCGCUGCCCGUCUUCGCAAGUAG